AUGGAGGUGGCCCUGGUAGACUUUGAGAGCCUUGAGGACACUGAGAAUGAGGUGGACCACUUUGCUGAUGAGACCACCGCCCUCACUGCAGACCUGUCUCAGGAUGUCCCUGCCAGCAGCUACCUCCGGCGGGCCUCUCAGUUUGCUAUCUCGGCCUCUCCCAGCCACAUGCCUUCAUGCUGCUGGGAAUCAAACUCCCCCUGUCCACCUCCACAGUCCCACAGACUCAGCAUCCAACACUCCCCAACUCUGCCAACUCAAAGUCGACAGGGACGCACCAGCUGUGCCAGUAUGCUCUCGAGCUGGAAGCUCCUCCUCAGCAGCGAAGGAAGUAAAGACAGUGACAAGAUCUUAAGUCGACUUGCAAAAGAGUGCUGCGAGGAUCUAUUUGUUGAUAAACUGAUCCUGUUCUCCAGUGCUAUUUACUUUGCAGAAGUGGAUGAACCUAACACACAGUUUGUGAGCAUACCGGAUGGCUUUUGGUGGGCCGUGGUGACCAUGACCACCGUAGGUUAUGGAGACAUGUGUCCUAUAACCAUGGCGGGGAAAAUGGUGGGGACCCUGUGUGCGAUCGCAGGCGUACUGACCAUAGCUUUGCCUGUUCCUGUCAUUGUCUCCAACUUCAACUACUUCUAUCACAGAGAAACAGAGGCUGAGGACAAAACUCCUUUUUCAGAGGCGAUUGAAGAAGCGAUAAAGAAUGAUUCUAACAAACAAGCAGAGAAACAGGCAGAGAAACAACGCCAAGCCAACAAGCGAAGCAGCAUCAGCUCACUCACCAAACUGAAUGGCUUAUUGUCAGGCAGUAAAAAUAAAUAA